AUGACUUACUCAGAUAGGAUAACUCGAUUGUCAAAGUUUCUUGAAGUUCCUCAUGAUACGGAGCCAACUAUACUUCAGAAUAAGGACUUGGAGCCAAUGCCACCAAGCAGAAGAGUAUGGGGAUUUUUCAGUUUUGCGGGUUAUUGGGGAAAUCCAAACUUUACAAUUGGCACUUGGCUGGCUGGUUCCGCCUUGAUAGCUACUGGUUUAAACGUCGGAAAUAUUAUGGGAGCGAUAGUUAUUGGAAAUGUAGUGUUCGCUAUUUAUACUUGCCUCAAUUCUGGUCCUGGACAAAAGUUCCACAUAGGUUAUACGGUGUGCCAGAGAAUGAUCUUUGGUAUAUAUGGUUCUGGCUUUGGGAUUAUCAUGAGAAUUAUCCUUUCCAUAAUCUUUUACGGAUCUCAGAGUUGGCUCGGAUCCCAAGGAUUAGUCGUCAUAUUCUCUUCCUUUAGUAAAAGUUAUAUGAAUAUGGAGAACACUUUCCCUGAUUCCGUAGCUAUGACAACUAGAGAUUUCAUCGCCUUUUUGGUUUUCCAGAUAGUUCAAAUGUUCUUCUUCUUGAUGAGACCUGAAAAGAUGAAUAGCUAUGUAAACGUUGCUUGUAUGAUCACGGCUGUUUCAUUUGUCGCAGUUUUGAUCACUUGCUUGAAGAAGAAUGGAGGAAGUCCGGGGUCUCUUUUAAGUGCAAAGUCAACUUUAAGCACAAGUGAUACUGCUUGGAUGUGGAUCUAUACCAUGUCCAUUUGGUUUGGUUCAUUGUCACCAAAUGUCACGAACCAAAGUGAUUUUUCACGUUUUGCCUCCUCAAGAUUGAAGAUGUAUUUGGGUAUCUUUGCUGGAAUUCUCGUUGGAGGCACAUUUGUCCCCAUUGCAGGAAUAGUUGCAUCUUCUGCUUGUGAAGAACUCUAUGGCGAAGCUUAUUGGCUACCAACUGAUAUUUCUUUAAGAUGGAUGGCGGAUAAUUAUUCAAGUGGAUGUAGGGCUGCAAACUUCUUCCUCGGAUUUUGUUUUACAGCUUCUCAAUUGACAUUUAACGUGUUGGCCGACGGGUUUUCUGGUGGUAUGGACUUGGCUGGUGUUUGGCCAAAGUACAUAAAUAUCCGUAGAGGUGCUAUUAUUACAGCGUUGCUCUCAUGGGCAGUUCAACCAUGGAAUUUUUAUAAUACGUCGUCUGCCUUUCUCGAUGUCAUGGGCGCUUUUGGUGUCUUUGUAACACCAAUAAUUGCUAUCAUUGUUGCUGAUUUUCAUAUCGUUAGAAGAGGAAAAAUCCCAUUACUGGACCUCUAUCUGUUAGAAACAGAUGGUACUUUUUACUUCACCAAGGGCUUCAACUUUAGAGCUUUUGGUGUAUGGGUAGUUUCCUGUGUUCCAGGUAUCCCAGGACUUGUGAAAUCUGUCAAAGCAGAUGCUAAUGUACCGGUUGGCUUAACUAACUACUUUUAUGGUAAUAUCUUUUUGGAAUUUAUUCCUCCAUUGAUUCUUUACGUGAUAGUUUGUCGUAUUUUCCCAGUAAAGAAUGCUGGAACGGUAGACAAAUUGGAUGUCUUUAAUGCAUUCACCUUGGAAGAGUGUGAAAAGUUAGGAAUACUUCCAAAUGACACCAUAGAAGGGGUCGAAGCAUCUGAUAUUGAAAUAAUAGUAGAAGAGAAAGAUAUGGCUACAAUUAAACAGAUUUCAGUAUAG